UGAAAACAAACGUGCGACGAAUGAUUAUUGUUUGAAAAUAACUAGAAAAUGCUUUAAAAGUAGUGAAAAAUCAAAGUCUUUUGUGCUUAAUUUGAAAUUAAUGCAGUGAAUUUAGUUAACAUAGCCCUCUAAAAGUAAUGGCCAGCGAAACAAACCGCCAUCCUGCCGAGUGUCGAUUCUGCCGGGCCACCGACAAUGUGACCGUGAACGUGCUCCAACACGGACUGGCCCAAAAGGCGGAAAAGUGCUUCUUCCUUUCGAUUGAACGGACCGACCGAUUGCCGAAGUUAAUUUGCAAACGGUGCGAAGCUUCUCUUUGCAGCGCAUAUGCCUUCGGCGAAAAGGCGCGCCUUGUGGAAAAGGAACUGAAGCGGAAGUAUGGCACAGGGGAAGAUGACGACUUCAUGGAAGUCGAGUACCUUCAGGAUGAUGCCCCGUUUGAGUAUACGACGUUCGAGUCGGACCCGAUCGGGCUGGCACUGGAGAAGCUGAAGGACACGCCGAUUGCCGUCCGGAAGGUUCCCCCUAAGGAGGCGGUGCUGAAAGAUGCUGGAAUUCACCUUGAAGAAGACAUGUCGAAGAAGCAUAGGCGCCAGGACGAGGAAACCGUGAUCAAUCUUAGCGGCCCGGUUCCCUGUAUUUGCUUAUGCUGUUCGACGAAUUUUACCACCAUGGAAGAACUGUUGAAGCACAAAGGCAAAUGCGAUGAUGAGAGCUACAUUUGCCGAAGGUGCUGCAAGGUUUGCGAUAGCCAAGAAGCGUUGAAGAAGCACCAGCAAACGCACUACAACUACAAACACACGUACAAAUGUCCGUCGUGUGAGCGAAUCUUCCGAAACACUUUUGCUUUAGAUAAUCACCGAUCGAAAGACCACGGCGAGGAUAUUGAAGAGCGAGGGUACGUCUACCGGUGCUGCGAUAAGGAGUUCCACACCAGGAAGGAGCUUCACGAACAUGCCAAAAUACACGUGGAACCUCCGGUUGAAUGUGCCGUUUGCGGUAUCAAGUCAAAGAACAAGCACACGCUGAGGUUGCACCUUAAAAUCCACGAAGACUAUCGGCCGCACGUCUGCCAGAAGUGCGGGAUGGCUUUCAAGAAGCACGUUGAGCUGUUUCAGCAUAACCUAGUGCACAAAGGUGUGCAGCUUCUCGGAUGCUUUCUUUGUCCGAAGCAGUUUGGCAAUAAAAUAUCGCUUAAGUGUCACUAUCAAAGGUGUCACCCUCGGGAAGCGAACAAAGCGCACGACGAACUGGGUAUUACUAGGAGAAAAGCGAUAGCGCAGGACCAUUCGUAUGAAGGCGAUGUCGGACGGGAAGAAGAGGUGGAAACCGUGCCACAGACUAACGUACUUCCCGUAGCGGCUUCACAUUAGAUGUAAGUAAUAAUUUGGUAUACAUAUCUAGAGAUUUGAAAAGAAAUG